AGUUAAAAUUAGAACGUGUUGCAUAUUAGCGAUGCGCGUGUGUAUGUGAAUUUGCAAAUUCUUUCAUUUGAUAAGAGAAAAGUGAAUCCUUUUUUGUGCUUUGCUCAACCGAUAUAAGUUGAAUUUAAAUGUGCGAACAUUUGAAAUCUCGCAUCUAUCUGCAUAGCUAACCAUUUCUUUCAUUGUUUUAAAGUUAAAUAUUAAUUAAAAAAAAAAAAAAAUAAAUAAAAAAAAUAAACGAUAGAAAAUGAAUUUUAAAAAUUUCUGCGUAACGAGAUAUCUUGUGCUACUGCUGCUGUUAAUUUUCAAUUUCUUGGCCAAAAAUCAAGCUAAAAUGUUUACAAGAUGUCAGUUGGCCAAAGAAUUGUUGCGCCAUGAUUUUCCUCGAAGCUAUCUAUCAAAUUGGGUUUGCUUAGUGGAGAAUGAGAGCGGUCGUAGUACUUCAAAAGUAACACAAUUACCCAAUCAAUCAGUUAGUUACGGUCUAUUUCAGAUAAACAGUAAAAAUUGGUGCCGCAAAGGACGUAAAGGUGGCAUUUGCAAUAUAAAAUGUGAAGACUUCCUUAGCGAUGAAAUUUCGGAUGAUUCUCGUUGUGCUAUGCAGAUUUUUAAUCGUCAUGGCUUUCAGGCUUGGCCUGGUUGGGUAAAUAAAUGUCGUGGGCGAGCAAUGCCUGAUGUUUCCCGUUGUUGAGCACACACACGCACACACACAUGCACUAACACACAACCGCAAACACACAAUCGCACAUACACGCAACACAUAUACACGAUACAAUAAAUGACAAUUUUUUUUGUUUUCUUUCUUCCUAUAUGUCUCUCAUGGAUGUCGUUAACAGUUCAUAUACAUAAGAUAUUGUAAUAAUAAUAAUAUGUUAAUAAUAAAAUUAUU